CCUCCUUCCUCCGUCAUUCAACACUGGUCCCUCUUUUCGUUUGCUGAUCCCCUUCACCUUUCUGGUAGCUUGGCACUUCCUCGCCACCCUCGCCAUUGUCGUGAAUCCUCGCCGCUCGCGCUUGCCCUGGACCCAGUUGCUUGGACGGAGGACCACGCGCGGGCCGACAUGCCUCAGAUCUUCCUCUCGUCCGGCAAACAAUGUGAAUACGUACACGUUUGUACUCCGUGCAUGUGGCUGACGACGUUACGCACGUACACAAGCGAAGCAGAGGCACACGGAAUAAGCAAUCAAUUGCCUUGAGUCAAUUGCCUUGAGUUGCAGGCGGCUGCGUCGUUUGACAUCUGUAUUACGGAUCCUGACGCAACGUCUUACGCUUCCAAGAACCGAUCGACCAAGUCCAUCCUGAAGCAGCACGAGACCGCCAAGAAGAAGAAAUACCGCUCGGCCGUCUGCGACUCCCGCGUGACCUUCUGCCCUCUGGUGGUGACGUGUGACGGUGUGUGGGGACACGAUGCCAACGUGUUCAUCGCCCACAUGGCUCAUGCGCUGUUGGAGAAGGAGGGGUGGAAGGGUCGGGGGUUCAGUCAUGUGUCUGGAUGGAUUCGCUCUCGCUUGUCUAUCGCCCUCGCGCGUGCGACUAGCUUCUGUCUGCGUGGGGGAGGGAGGGGAGGGUUUGCGGGACUGGGGUGUGCUGAUGGGGCGGGGAUUGAUCCCUCCUCCCCUUGAGCCUGUUUGAGUCUGCGUGCUGAUGGGACUGUAUUUGUAUGAGUAUCACGGACACACAGACGAGUGUUACGGUUAAUGACAGUUUCCCUUCAUUGCCUUGAGUUGCCGUUGACACAGCUGAUGACGAUGGCCGGCAUCAUGCUUUCGAGUGUGUUUGUGUGCGUCUGGGUUGUGAGUGUCGGGUCGGUGUCGCUCACUGGUCGGCUUCGAGAUGUGCCUUCGAAGCUGCAGGAGGUCGCCACACUCAACGCUCAGCUCAAGUCACUCGCAUCGGUAACACAAUGAAAAGCAUCCACUCAGUCACCCAGUGUGCGUGUUUUCUGUGUGUGUCUGUGGUGUGUGCAGUCGGGUCAGUCGUCGUACCGUUCGUUGCUGAGCGAUUUGCAGAGUAUGACGGCUGACUUCAACACGAAGAUGGCCGAAACGGCGCCAACUCAGACGCCGCAGAGAGCAAAGCUACAAGGAGGACUACACCGAUGAACUCACCCGGUGAGUCACUGACCCUGAGCUGCACACAUGGCAAUGGACAUACAGAUCAAUGUUUCUGUCUGUCUCUCUGUCUGUCUGCUUUAUUGUUCAGCAAUUGGGAGGUGAUUGAUCCGCCGAGCGGCCCGUCGGGCAGGUGGCACUUCGCCAAGCAUUCGGCCGGCCACCCAAUCGUCAUUGCACAGGUACACUCAUUCACGCACACGUUAUGGCCAUGAGACACACAGCAAUCCCUCUCCCGCUCUGUGUGUGUCUUAGGAUGAGGCUGGUCUGUCCGUGUCCUCGUCUGUGUUGCCUGGUGCACUGCUCAUGCACCACGGCACACUCGUCUCGGAGGGCUUCGCAGCGGCGUCACUCUACAUGGACAAGGAGACGCCAUCCGCAGGAGUCGUCUUUCAGUUCAGAGACGAGGACAACUUCUGCUUUGCCGCCGUCGCUCGGGCCGGCAUGGGCAAUGCUCACCCCGGGAAGGGCAAACUCACCAUCGGCAGAGUCAUCGACGGCCAAUCACACACACUCAACGGUACGCCAGUCAUCACACACACACACACACACACACAUUGACGAGGGUGUGGUGUGACGUGAGCAGAGGUGGAGUUUGGUCCGUCUGUCGGCGAGUUGGCCGGCUUUGUCAAUCUGGGCGUGCAGUUCUCGCCCGAGAAAAUUGCUGUCUUUGUCAACGCCAAUCCAGUCGCCCAGGCCAAGCUCUCACCAACCAUUAGUAACACACACCUCUCUCUCUCCGUCUGCACUGUCGGUGUCUAUGUGCAGAUUAUCGGGGCGUCAUGGGUGUGUUCGCCUCCGGUCGCGCCUUGUUCGACUCGUUUGCGUGCGGCUUCCGAGGCGAUGAAAGUUUGGUCGGCGGUGCAUUUCCCCACACACAGCCAAUGCCGCAGCUCACCGCAGCCAAACAGAGGGAGGGAAAACCCAGAACACAGCAAGGUGAGUCUCCUCACCAGACCGCACAAGACACCCAUAUGUAUGCCGUUCGAUUCAGUGUCGACGCCCGGCACUCCCUCACCCUCACUGCCCGCAGCGGCCGUGCCUCGUCAGUGUCUGUACACCAUGCCCGACACGCCCACGAUCGAGUGAGUGGGCAAGCAAAGGAAGCAACACGCAGCAGGCAGUAUUGUUGUGUCUGUCGUGUGUGCAGGGAUUGGGAGGACGGCCAGUCGGGGUGGGUGGUGCUGCGCGAAAGAGGAGAAGUCACCGCCUCGGCAGCGUCGGUGAGCAUUUCACUAACACACACACACACUCACGCACUCCCUCUGUGUCUGUGUCAUCAGAGUGCACGUAGCGCGUUGCUGCUGAAGGACAUUGUGUGUGGCCCGAUGACGAUGGGCGUCUCCCUCGAGCUGAGAGGCGACGACUGUGCGGGCGGACUGACCUUCAGAUCUCAUGGGCCAGACGCUCGAUACAUCGUCACACUCGACGCGCCCACGUCAGUCCGACACGGCACAUGAGACACAAACACACAGCGACAUGGCAAGUGUGUAUGUUUUGUGUGCAGAGGUCGUCUGUUGCUCAAGCAGCAAAAUGGCGCCGCCCCAGUCGUCAUCGCAUCCCAGGCCGUCCCACUCAGCGCAGGGUGAGAGUGCCCAGCGCCAGCGUCAUGUGUGUGAUAUGAUGUGUGUGUCCAUGUGAUAGUUUGGUGUAUGACGUGCAAGUGACUGACAAGUCCAUCACGCCGACCAACUCACGCGUGUCGAUCAGCAUCGACGGCCACACAAAACUGCACAAGGAGACCCCCAAAGACAACACACCAGGCAACCAGACACACUGACACACGGACGUGUGGACAGACAGCUAAGGUGUGAGUGUGUGUGCAUGUUGCGUGCAGGUGGUGUGGGAUUGUUCAUCGAGCGGGGUGACGUCGAGUUCAAAAAAUUUCAUGUCGGCCCGCCCAGCGACACAGAACAGUUCGACUGACCAACGCGUUACACAGACAAACACAGACAGACAGACAGACAGACACAUGGAUC